AAGGGCUUGUUGAAGCAAUUAGGCGCGGGAGAAGAAUAACCCAAACGGCCAAAAGCUAUAAAUGCUUCUUCUUCUUGUUGUUGUCUUCCUCUCAAACCAAAUUCCAUUUUUUUUGAAACUUUUCUCCAAGAAAAAGAUGAAUCCCAGAAACCGACAGCGUGCAAGAAACCCAUACAUUCCCAGAGAAUAUGGUUCUUCUUCAAGUCUACCAACCUAUGCUGGUUCUCCUUCAAAUCAAUCAUACUAUAUUCCUUCUUUUUCAAAAACCCAAAUUGAUUCUUCAACAAGUAAUCCAUCAAUGGCUUCUAUUUCAAGAAGAAACCCAAGACUUGAGCAAACCAUCACUGAUCCAGUCACUGACGAUACUUAUCUUCUCAACUCGGAAAUUGGGUCUUUCUCUAAUGGAUCAGGUCGUGUUUUCAGAGCUCUCUAUUCCAAAUCUUCACCGGAGACUGCAAUACUUUCCCAAUCUGGUGUUGUCACUUUGAAGAUCCUUGAUAUGGACCGCUAUGAAAGUGAAAGUCGAGAGCUCUGGAUUCAAGGUCAAACAGGCAUUACUGAUAUUCCUUACGGAAACAUAAUUGGAUCUAAGAGAAUUUUCAGUGAUGAGCAUUUCUUAUAUGUUUCUUUGCCGUAUAUGUCUGAGGGAUCCCUUCGUUCUAUUCUAUCCGCUCGUCCCAAAAAGAAAUUGCCAGAGGAUUUCAUUUCUGUUAUUCUUAAAGAAGUACUUAUUGGUCUACGAGAUGAACUUCAUGUUGAGUUCAAUCCAAAGGUUCAUAAGACUUUGAAUGCUGGAGAUAUCUUUGUUAACAUCGAUGAGGCUACUCAAGAAAUGUCGAUCAAGUUAGCAUUUGAAGCAUCUGUUUACGAUUCUGAAAUCCCAAAUCAAGAAGCCACUCCAAACUCUCUGUUUUUGAAUCCGAAAAAUAUUUCUACUUGGGGUGCUGCACCAGAGGUGUUUGGAAGUGAAAAACAGAGUAAUAACAGCAGUGGACCAAAAUCUGAUAUCUGGUUAUUGGGAAUAACAGCAAUGGAAUUAGCAUAUGGGAAUUUACCUGUGAAGAAUCGUAGAGACUUGGAUUAUAUAGUCAAGAAGAUAAGGGAGAAGAACAAACUGCCAAAAUCACUUAAAAAGAUGAUGAACAAGAGGGAUGGGAAAUUCAAGAAUUUGGUUAAACAAAAGAAAAGGGCGUUUUCGGAGGAGUUUGAGGAGAUCGUUCUUGCUUGUCUUAGAGAGAGUCCAGAGAACAGGCCAACUGCUGGUCAGCUUUUGAAUACUCCAUUCUUUACUAGUGCUGAUGAAAGGCUUAAGAAAUUUAUGUUGAAUGGUAAGAAUUGAAGUAUUAGACAUUUACAUUCAUAUGAUGGUAUUAGCAAGAGUAAAAAAAUUAGAUAUAUUCAGCAGAUUCUUGGAUUGAUAUUCAUGAAAUCCUCUGUUUUCUGAGUGGGGCAUUGUAUGGUUUAUGUACAUGAAAUGGAAUUUCUGCUGGAUUUAUCA